CACGAGAUUGUUGUUGUUGCUGUCGUUUGUUCGCUGUCGCCCUUGCUACAAAAAUCCCGCGAAGAUAGACGAGACCAGCCAGCUCCCGACCUCACAGGGGGAUCUUGGAAGCUCGCCUCUCUCUCGCUCUUCCUUCUUAUUGCCUUGAAAGAAUCUCCCCUCCAUCUCCUUUUCAGCUCCCCCCGGGUUUCGAGUCUCCAGUCUCCAGUUUAUUCCUCGAUUGUCCUUUUUUUCUUCUUCUUUUCCUCUUUAUUUGUGUGUUCGUCUUGUAUACUUCCCUUGCUUGGUCUGAUUCCCAGCCCCCCCUUGGGUCCUCCUUUUGCUCCACCAUGGCCGCCUCAGCGCUCUUCAAGAGCAGAUGCAGAAGGGCGAGCUACCUCAAUAAAUUGGCCAAGGCUGAAGAUCUCAUUGACCUAUUCCCUCACGGCUCAUAUAUCGGCUGGUCAGGCUUUACAGGUGUGGGAUAUCCCAAAAAGGUGCCAACCGCUCUCGCCGAUUACGUCGAGAAGAAUGGUCUCCAAGGCAAGCUCAAAUACAACCUGUUUGUGGGUGCCUCGUCUGGAGCAGAGACCGAGAACCGAUGGGCUCGACUGAACAUGAUCGAACGCCGGGCCCCGCAUCAAGUCGGCAAGGAGAUCGCCAAGGGCAUCAACAACGGCAACAUCAAAUUCUUCGACAAGCAUCUCAGCAUGUUCCCCGUCGACUUGAUGUACGGCUUCUACACCAAGCACAAGGCCAACAAUCGCCUGGAUGUUGCCAUCGUUGAAGCCUCUGCCAUCACCGAAGAUGGCGGCAUUAUUCCUGGUGCCAGUGUGGGAGCGUCUCCGGAGAUCAUUCAGAUGGCGGACAAGAUCAUCAUCGAACUCAAUACCUCCGUCCCCAGCUUCGAGGGUCUACACGAUAUCACAAUGACAGACCUCCCUCCGCGAAGAAAGCCAUACCUGAUCAUGGCUCCAGAGGACCGCAUUGGGACACCGCAUAUCCCUGUCGACCCAGAGCGCGUGGUAGCGAUCGUCGAGUCCGAUUAUCCCGACCAAACAACCGAAAAUGCUCCUGAGGACGAUACGUCCCAGGCCAUUGCUCGCAACCUGAUCGAAUUCUUGGAACACGAGGUCAAACAUGGCCGGUUGCCCACGAACCUGCUGCCUCUGCAAUCCGGCAUUGGUAACAUUGCAAACGCUGUUAUCGGCGGUCUGGCUAAAGGAGGAGCCAACUUCAAGAACCUGAAAGUUUGGACCGAAGUGUUGCAGGAUUCCUUCCUCGACCUCUUCGACAGCGGUAACUUGGACUUUGCCACUGCCACUUCCAUUCGUUUCUCUCCUGGAGGGUUUCAACGCUUUUAUGAUGGCUGGGAGAACUAUCACUCCAAACUCAUCCUUCGAUCUCAGCAAGUGUCCAACUCACCUGAAAUCAUCCGGCGGCUCGGUGUCAUCGGCAUGAACACACCAGUCGAAGUCGAUAUCUAUGCUCAUGCCAACAGUACCUGCGUGUUGGGCUCGCGGAUGCUUAACGGUUUGGGUGGUUCCGCGGACUUCCUCCGUUCAUCCAAGUAUUCCAUCAUGCAUACACCCAGUACACGACCUUCCAAGACGGAUCCUACCGGUGUGAGCUGCAUCGUGCCAAUGUGCACGCACGUCGACCAGACCGAGCACGACCUAGACGUUGUUGUGACUGAAAUCGGCCUUGCAGACGUGCGAGGAAUGUGUCCUCGCGAAAGGGCGCGCGAGAUUAUCAAGCAGUGUGCCCAUCCCGACUACCGACCCAUCCUUCAGGAUUACUUCGACAGAGCUGAGUAUGAGUGCUUGAAGAAGGGUAUGGGCCACGAGCCGCACCUGCUAUUCAAUGCUUUUGAUAUGCAUAAAAAUCUGGUGGAGAACGGAACCAUGAAAAUCAGUGGCUGGAAAUAGAUAACUGCAAACAGCAAGUCCACCGCUAGGGCGUGAGAAGAGAUGCCCGUUCAGACUUCCAGGGGCGGAUUGGGAGAUUUGACCGAGAUGUCAGUUAUUCGUGGCAAUGGUUGAGAAGGCGAGAGGAUCUGGACGUUUGUAUCAAGACCCAUAUCCCAAGGGAGUUAUAAUCGGAGUCCUUUCAUAAACGAGGGUUCCCACUUGGAUAAGCACCGUUGCUUCUUGCAGCUUCAACACCGUAAUCGGGAUUUGUACACUUCA